AUGUUCUUGAUCAGCUCCUCAACACCCGCUCCCAGCGUAACCGUGGCCCGUGGGGACGGUGCCCAGCCACACACGCCGAGCAACGCCCGCAACCGUCGUGACUCCCGGCUAAAUCCGGCAUCCCAUCUCCACCUUUUAAAGCGCGCGCCGCCGGGCCUCUCGUCCCGCUCGCCAGACUUCAGCGGAAAGGAAAAGCUCCUGCACGUACCCCACGUUCGUGCCGCCUCCACACCACCCGCCGUCUACAGCAUAACCAGCACGGUCAUGGCGCGCGUGUCGCUGAUCCUCGCCGCCGCGGUGCUCGCGUGCGCGGUGCUCGCCACCAGGCAUGCGGCCGCCGCCGGGGCCGGGGCCGCCGCCGCCGCCGCCGCCGGCCCGGCAGCCCCCGCCCCCGGCGGCUUCGCCUGCAACCCACUCAAGGACAAGACGUGCAAGCUGGGGGAACCCAAGGCGCCGGAGGACACGGAGGAGGAGGGCGGGCUCGGCACGAAGCUGCCGUCCCUGACGUCCAUCUCCAUUCCUGGCGCCGGCAAGGUCGACCGCGACGGCGAUGGAGACACCGACGAGGACGACGAGCUGCCGUCGUUCGACACCCACAUGACCAUCCUCGGCCACUGAGAGGAUCCAAGCCUGACUUCUAAGCACAUGGUUGUAGUAUCUUCUUGCAUUUGCGUUGCUUGUGUAGUUGUGUUGCUGCCCAGAAGAAAAAAACAGAAAAAAGGAAAAAAAGGAAAGAGAUGAGAGAGUGAGCGUGUCACGAUGAUCCCCGCUAGCUGAUGACGAAAUUUGCCAGUUGCUCUUGUUUCUUGUUAAUAUCGUUCAAGUUCAGAUAUUAGUUCUAAAUUCUAGUCGAUUUGGCCUCGUUUUGGUCUUCCUAUUA